AUUUCCGCCGAUUGUUGGUGCCUGUCCGGAAAAUUCAUCAAUGGAGGUUAAUUUAGAAAUUUUGCCUGAAGAGCGUAAAGGCAUGUUAAAAGUUAUUUGCAAUAACUUAGAAACUUUGGCAGACAAUGGUACUACAUCAGAAUUUCUCAAUAAGUUGAUUGUCUUAACAGAUAUAUGUGAAGCUUGGAAGAAUAAUGACACAGUAACUGUUCUGAUUUCAAAUGGGACAGAACAGUCAUCAAAUGAUUUAAAUAAUGAUUAUGGAGAAGAUUCACUGCUAGAUCCAGAAAAUAAUCUGAAAAAUUUAAAAACUGAAAUGAAAACAGAAUCCGAAAAUGAAAAUGAACACUUAAGUUCAAAAAAUGAACCAAAAUAUAAUGAUAUAACAUUCUGUUGUGAGCAUUGUGGCAAAUUAUGUAAAACCUCUCAAAGGCUAAGGAACCACAUAGAGGUUGUUCAUAAAAGGGAAACUGCAAACGAUACAGUCGAAAAACAAACUUUUCAAUGCUACAUUUGCAAUCGACAUUCUGUAAGCUCAGAAGGCUUGAAACGUCACAUGUGGAUACACACGGGAGAAAAAAGGUGCAUGUGCAGCAAAUGUGGUAAACAAUUCUCGCGCCCGGAACUCUUGAAACGCCACACAAAAAUUCACACGGGGGAGGAACCUUACAUUUGUUCCUUCUGUGGCAAGAAAUUCGUCUUCAGUCAGCAUUUAAAGAAGCACAUCCGAAUACACACCGGCGAAAAGCCGUAUGUCUGCAAUGUCUGUUCCAGAGGGUACGCCAAUGCUGAAACGCUUAGGAAACAUAUGGAACUCCAUUCUAAAGGAUAAUCUGUUAUGUACAAUAAACGUGCAUAUAUGCAUAGUAUAUAUAUUGUUUAUUUUCGAUUUUGGUCUUUGUUAACGUUGAUAAGAGUGCGUUACAAAUACUCUGUUUAUACACACACACACAGAUAUAUAUAUAUAUAUAAUUUAUACAUUCACAUAUAUAUAUAUAUAUAUAUAUAUAUAUAUAUAGCGAUUCUUAAAUCAUUGAAUAAUACAAUUUUUAUUGUUUAUAAACAUAACAAAAUCAAUGGUUUUUCAUAGGUUUUGUUUGUUAUGUCUAGAACUGAUAAAUGCAACUGAAAUUAUUUUGUUUGUACAAUGAAAAAAUUAUUUCCAUAAGUGAAGUUCAACUUUAGAUUUGUCAAACUAAAAGACGGUAAUUGUGAUUGUUGUUUUAGUUGAAUGGUGACAAGAUUAUAACAAACUAAAUUUUGAAAAUUUUAA